CCACAAUGCUCCACGAGUGAAGUAUGAGGCACGUUACAAGGCUGAGAAUCGCAAAGCCAAGUACCACGCGCUGUGUCCUGUACGGUCACGAGAUUCGCAUCGCGCCUCCUUUGACAAACUCAAGUGCACAUCCCCCAUCAACAACGUUGAAAAUCAACACCGCCUACAACCAUGCCCUCCCUCAAGAAAUUCAUCCACAGCAAAGAACUGUCCAACCCCUAUGUGAAUCGCUACCACCCAGGCCACACCUCGACAAGGACACCGAACCCUGCUGUCUCAUCAUCCUACUACCCAACAUACCCACAGCCAGCAGCGCACUUCCCAACCAUUACCAAGCAUCUCCCCAAGGAUCCAGCGACUUUCUCGCGCCGUCCAUCACCGCUGCGGCAGUUUGAUAGCUCUGCUGCGAGGAGUGGCCAGGGUGUUAGUCAUACAGGGUGUGGGAAUCCGCAGCCUGCGCCAUCUCCACUGCCUGCCUCCGCCCUCCAUGGCCAUGAACAACCUAACGGUCGCCAACAACCACUCCAAAGCUACCAAGCCGCAAACACUACAGGUGGGGAUGCGGCGAUGGGAAUACGCGUACCGCAGGUGCCGCAGGGCAGAGUAGAUCAUGCGGGGAGUUUCGUGGAAGAUGAGAUGGAGAGGGAAACGAGACCGACACAAUUGGAGGGUCGUGUGUAUGCGACGGAUGAGCAGCGGAUGGUUAUACGGUAUGAUGCCAUAGUGCACGAGGAGUGGCGGGAGAGGGAAGAGGAAGAGAGGGCUGCAGCUGCGAGGGCGGCGAGUGCGUAG